CUUACCUAUUAUUGACAAAGUAAUACCAAGUUCUAAUAAAGAAAAUUUUUAAAAUGAAUAAUAUUCCCAUGUUUUAUAAUUAUCCUACUACUUUUGUGACCAUGCAAAUAAAUACCCAUCAUCCUGCCAUCGCCAACUGGAGUACCCAAGAAAAGUAUGAACUCAUGAAGGCCUUGAGGCCCAACGAUCUUGAUAUAAAUCUGCUGUUAGAGAAGAUUCCUACAAAAACUCGAGCGGAAAUAGAAGCAGCGAUUAAGUUCUAUGUGAGCAUCGCAAAACAUCACCCUAUGUUGGCACCACCACCUCCACCGCCAAAACCGCAGAAGAAAGACAAGAAAAGGAAAGCGUCAGCUUUGAAUGAUAGACCAGAUGAUACGUUGCGCGAGUUGGAAGAAGAACUUAAAGAAAUUAUGCCUACUAAUGCCCUUGUAGUUGAAACAGCAGCUGCAGUUCGAAUGAUUUCCGAAUAUGAUGUUGCUUCGUCUAUGGAAACAAACCACUCGAUUGAUUGCCAGGAUGUGUAUAAAGAGAUUGCAAACGUAAUGCAAUCUACAUCGGGCACACGUACUGCGGAGUCUACGGUUGUUCUGAAUAAACACUCGGAAGAAACAGCUGUGCGAGUUGAUGUACUGGAUUCCGAGAUGACGGAGAUGUUGAAAAACAUCAAAGUCCCCAAACGUAACGUUUCUGUUACUGCGUCGGCUUCCACAUCCGCGUUUGGGUUAGCGAGUGGAUCUACCUAUGGAGCUUCGGCUUCGUCGUCUUUUCCAUCAACCUCAGCGAUGGCUUCCACGUCGGCGGCUGUGCACCCUGCAAAUAAUCGCCAGCAGGUUAUCCGGCGUGAUAUGGCUACUCAGCACAGUUACAACACAAUGAACGUGUCAGAAGCACACCUGAGGACGCCGGCUGGAUCUUUUGACUUUAACAAAGAUCUUUAA